GAAUGCAUUCUCAGUGGAAUGCUGUCUGUGUCUGGAAAGAAGGUGCUUCAUAUUGAUAAGAAUACUUACUAUGGGGGUGAGAGUGCAUCACUCACUCCCUUAGACCAGGUAUUCCAGCAUUUUGGGAAACCACCAGUUGGAGACAAGUAUGGCAGAGGACGUGACUGGAAUGUUGAUCUCAUUCCAAAGUUUCUCAUGGCCAAUGGUCAGCUGGUAAAGCUGCUAAUUCAUACUGGGGUGACCCGCUACUUAGAGUUCAAGUCUGUGGAAGGAAGUUAUGUAUACAAAGGAGGAAAAAUUUUCAAGGUUCCUGCUGAUGAGAAAGAAGCUUUGCAAUCAUCACUGAUGGGCAUUUUUGAGAAGCGACGUUUCAAGAACUUCCUUCAGCAUGUUCAAGACUAUGAUGUGAAUGACCCCAAAACAUGGAAAGGUGUCGAGCCCACCAUGACAGCUAAAAGCCUGUAUGAGAAGUUUGGACUCGACGCCAACACCCAAGACUUCACAGGGCAUGCUCUAGCUCUCUAUAGAAAUGACAACUACAUGAAUGAACCUUGUGUGGACCUGAUCAAAAGAUGUCGUCUGUAUAGCGAUUCUCUAGCAAGAUAUGGAAAAUCUCCUUACCUAUACCCAUUGUAUGGACUGGGUGAACUGCCACAAGGCUUUGCCAGGCUUAGUGCAAUUUAUGGAGGUACUUACAUGCUGGACAAACCUAUUGAAUCAAUUGUGAUGGAAGAUGGCCACGUGGUCGGUGUCUCUGAUGGGAAGGACACUGCAAAGUGUGGGAUUGUGGUCUGUGAUCCAUCGUAUGCGCCGGAUCGUUGCAAGACAGUUGGACAGGUUGUUCGGGCCAUAUGCAUCCUCGACCACCCCAUUGAGAGCGUCAAGGAUGCCCAGUCAGUCCAGAUCAUCAUUCCCCAGAAUCAAGUCAACAGAAAUGAUGAUAUCUAUGUUUGCAUGGUGUCAUCUGCCCACAAUGUGUGUGCCAAAAACUACUACCUGGCAAUGGUGGCCACCACCGUGGAGACAAAUGACCCUGAGGCAGAACUGCAACCAGGCCUUGAUCUACUGGGACCAAUAGCAGAGAAGUUUGUUAGUAUUGUCGACCUUCUAGAGCCAGUUGAUGAUGGGAAGGAGAGCAAGAUUUUCAUUUCCAAGUCAUAUGAUGCUACAUCACACUUCGAAACUACCUGCGAUGAUGUGCUGAACCUGUUUGAACGAAUCACUGGCCAGCCGUUUGAUACCUCCAACAUCAAGCACACAGACAUAGAGGCUGCUUCAGAAUAA